AACAAAGAGACUCCUUCAGGAGUUGUCACUCAAAGGAUCCGCGGAUCGCCAUGCCAUGGGCGCGGAGCGAGGAGGAGCGGCGGCAGCUGCUGGGGGCGUUAAGUUCCAAGGUGACGGAGUCGCUGCGAGGUGGUUCCAAGAAGAAGAAGGAGGAGGCGCCGAGCAUCGCCGUGGACCGGAAGUUGGCGCUGCUGAAGCUCCGGGACCUGGCGGCGAGUCGCGUGGGCAACGUGCGGGAGGCGCUAUGGCAGGACGAGCAGGUUCGAGAGAGCCUCGUGUCCUCCUUGAAAGCGUCUGAGCCCGAGCUGGCGCGAGUGCUGUCCCUGGCGGUGCUGGUGCACCUUUGUACCUGCGCUGUCAACUGCGAGCUCUUGCUGCGGGAUGAAAAGGUGCGUCUCAGCCUUCUGGAGCUCCAAGCGGAAGACGUGGCGGUAGAGGUGCAGGAGAAAGGGCUGCUGCUGCUUGUGACUUUAACGCUGCCGGCUUUCGGCGAUUGCCAGGAGGACUGCGAGGACCUGCGGGACAUGCUGGGCCGCGUGCUGCGCAGCAAGCGCGCCGCCAACGAGCGGCUGCUGGUGCUGCGGGCGCUCUGGAGCGCGGCGGCGGUGGUGGAGAGCCCGGAGCUGUUCUUUGGCAACAAGCGGCUUUGGGCCGCGCUGCUCGCGGGCAUCAAGCAGGAGGAGGAUGUGGACAUCCGUGAGGCGAACCUGGGAGUGCUCAGCGCUCUGGCGCCUCAACAAGCCGUGGCCCACUUCCUUUGGGACGGUGCCGUUUGCGAGCAGCUCUUCCUGAACACGCGCCGUUUCCAGCCCUCACGGGUCCGCAGACGGGCCCUCACCGUGCUCGCAGGUGUUGCACGCGACUCGGCGGUGAGGUGCUCGCUUUGGGCAUAUGACCAAGCGCUGGCGAAUGCGACAGAGGAGAACUUCCAGUCGUUUGAGCGGCCGGAAAAGGGGCGCUCGCGGAUGGGCAGCGAGUUAAGCGUGGAAUCGGAGGUGACGAUGACCACCAUGAAGGACAGCAUCAUGGAAGCCGCGUCUAGAACCGAGCUACCUAGCGUGCGGUGGCCGGCGCUACGGGUUCUUCUGGAGCUGACUUGGGAGGAGGAGUUGAUGAUGCGCCUGAUCGAGAGCAACAUUGCAGAAAUCUUGUUCGAUGCCCUGCACGACGAGCGCUUGGCCGUGAAAGAGCGGAAGCUCUGCAAGCACGGCCGGAACCGGCUCCUGAAUUGGAACGAGGCACGCCUGGCAGAGGAGCUCCGGCUGGAGCGGGAGAAGGAGGAGGGCGAGAGGCAAAGCAUGCUGCGAGAGGAGGAGCGCCAGGUGCUUCUUCGAGAGCUUCCUGCAAUGAUAAAGGCGGAUCAAGCCAGUGCCGACUUCGAGGACUGGUUCAAGCGGCACAAGGAAACGCUGGCGAUGCAAAAGGAGGAUGAGUCAUCUCGCAGAUUCAACGAGCACCUUUUGUUCCUCUUGGACAUGAACAGGAAGUCCAUGACUAGAGAAGAUGAGCUCGCGCGUCAGGUUCGCGAGCAGGAGCUCGCGGCGGCGUUGGCGGGGAAGAUCCGAGCCGCCAAGGAGCAAGCGGCGGAGGCGGCGGCGCAGGCGGCCCUGGCCAUGGCCAAGGUGGGCGGAGAUGCGAUCCUGCAGUCCCGGGACGCGGCAGUUGCGGCAGCACAGGCGGCGGCCAAGUGCGGAAUGCCACCCCGGCUGCAGGCGGAGAUCUCCGCGGCGGAGGCGGUGGCGGUGGGGCGCCGGGCCAAGGUGCCGCUGACGCAGAAGGAGCAGCUGGAGGAGGCCAGCAAGGCGGCGCUGUCUGUGGCCGAGCACUGCGGCAUGACCGCCUCGGGCAAAGUCGCGGUGGCCGCGGCCGCCGCGGCUUCCGCCGCCGCGGAGAGCGCCACGGCGGAGGAGCGGAGCGGCAUCGCGCGGGCCCAGGCGCUGGAGGUGGCGAAGACGCUGGGCAUGUCGGAGGAGCAGAUGGAAGCGGCAGGCGCUGCGGCCGCUGCCGCCGCCAAUGUCGCCGGCGCCACUCCCAGAAACAGCGGGUAUCCGGAUGCUCAAUAGCCACGCGUUCUUUGGCCAGCUUUUCCAUGGGUCCUGAGCUGCCCUUUAGGGAUGUGCAGAGGGGACAUAUGGGUGUGUCGUUUUUUAGUGGACCCCCCA